GCGCGGGGCUGGUGGCGCGACUGGCAGCGGGGCCGGAGCCGGCCGGCGAGGAAGCGGCUGGUUCCGCCCUGUCAGCGAGGGACCCGCGCGGGGGGGAGAGGAGCCGUCGCCCUCCGCCUCCGGGAUGUGCGGGGGGGCCCGGCCCCGCCCCGGCCGGUAUAUUGUAGAAGAGAUCAGAUACCUGGAGCAUAAUUAGAUAUUCUGUUCAGUCUUGCCUUAGCUGUUGACUGUGACACUACCACCAUGCAUCAGAAGCUUUUGAAGAGUGCCCAUUACAUCGAGCUAGGAAGCUACCAGUACUGGCCUGUUCUGGUACCUCGGGGAAUCCGCUUGUAUACCUAUGAGCAGAUUCCUGUGUUCCUUAAAGACAACCCGUAUAUUACAGAUGGCUACAGGGCUUAUCUCCCUUCUAGGCUGUGUUUAAAAAGUCUGUUCAUUUUAUCCAAUGAGACAGUAAACAUCUGGAGUCACUUACUGGGCUUUUUCCUUUUCUUCACUCUGGGCAUAUAUGACAUGACUUCUGUAUUACCUUCAGCGAGUGCCUCUAGAGAAGACUUUGUUAUCUGUUCUAUUUGCCUCUUCUGCUUUCAAGUCUGUAUGCUUUGCUCGGUAGGAUAUCAUCUUUUCUGCUGCCAUCGCUCAGAGAAGACUAGCCGUCGAUGGAUGGCAUUAGAUUAUGCAGGAAUUUCCAUUGGGAUCCUGGGCUGCUACGUAUCAGGAGUGUUUUAUGCAUUUUACUGUAAUAAUUACUGGCGUCAGGUAUACUUGAUCACUGUGCUUGCUAUGAUCCUUGCAGUAUUCUUUGCUCAGAUUCAUCCCAGCUACCUCACGCAACAGUGGCACAGACUGCGUUCUGUCAUCUUUUGCUCCGUCUCUGGAUAUGGAGUCAUUCCUACUAUCCACUGGGUUUGGCUCAAUGGAGGAGUUGGUGCAUCUAUUGUGCAGGAGUUUGCUCCUCGAGUGAUUGUGAUGUACUUGAUUGCUGCCGUAGCUUUUCUCUUUUACAUUUCCAAAGUUCCAGAAAGAUACUUCCCAGGACAAUUAAACUACCUCGGCUCUAGUCACCAAGUAUGGCAUAUCCUUGCAGUAGUAAUGUUGUAUUGGUGGCAUCAAUCUACAGUGUACAUCAUGCAAUACAGACACAGCAAGCCCUGUCCUGACUACAGUACACAUUUAUGAAUGAAGAAUUCUCUUACUGCAACAGAAGUUCUGACUAUGAAUGUCUAGUCCUUAGUCGCAUGCUGAUUUCCAAAACCAUGCACUGAGGCAGCUACUCUCUCACCUGCUGGACUGUGUUUCUACUUGCUGGGAUGGCAUACCAACAGAGGCUUUUUUGAGACAACUGCUUAGGUCUUAAAAUGACUCAUUCACCUCAACCACUGUACAUUCUGCAGUGAAGCAGAGAACAACUGUGCAGGUCUUCCUAUAGAGAGGUUAUGUAAUCCGACCAUGUGAAAACAGGAUAUGAAUAAUUACAUUCCUUCUUCUGACUGGUAAAACAUGAAAGGCAGCGAUAUGUACUCUGUGUGAACAGCAAAUGACUUUCUCCUUGAUUUGG